UGCAGCCCUCUGCAGUCUGCUCUGAGUCACUGUUCUCAUCGUUUCUCAUCGACUUCUUUUGAAAUCUCUCCCCCUUUUCCUUCUCCCUCUCCCUCUCCCUCAUCGAUUUCCUCGAACUGGAAACAUGAAGAUAAUGGUGGCGAUUAAACGGGUGGUGGAUUAUGCUGUCAAAAUCCGAGUCAAACCCGACAAGAGCGGCGUGGAGACGCAAAACGUGAAGAUGUCGAUGAACCCGUUCUGCGAGAUAGCGUUGGAGGAGGCCCUGAGGAUCAAGGAGUCGGGUCUGGCGUCGGAGGUUGUGGCCGUGAGCAUGGGUCCGCCGCAGUGCGUGGACACGAUUAGGACGGGGCUUGCUAUGGGGGCGGAUCGGGGAAUCCAUGUCGAGUACCCGGACGCCCUGUACCCGCUCUCUGUUGCGAAGCUAUUGAAGGCCCUCGUGGAGGUCGAGAAGCCCGGGCUUCUCAUUCUCGGCAAGCAGGCAAUUGAUGAUGACUGCAACCAAACGGGUCAAAUGCUUGCUGGGCUGCUCAGGUGGCCGCAGGGGACAUUUGCUUCUAAGGUCAUCAUGGACAAGGAAAAGCAGGCUGCGACGGUGGAUCGAGAAGUCGAUGGUGGCAUUGAGACUUUGUCUUUGGACUUGCCUGCUGUAAUUACCACUGAUCUGAGACUGAACCAACCAAGGUAUGCGACCCUCCCGAACAUCAUGAAGGCGAAAUCGAAGGUCGUAAAGAAGUACACACCCCAAGAUUUGAAUGUAGAGAUCAAGGCAGAUCUCGAGGUGGUCCAAGUGACGGAACCUCCUAAACGGAAAGUAGGGGUCGUGUUAUCCUCAGUCGAUGAGCUGAUCGACAAGCUCAAGAAUGAAGCUCGCGUUAUCUGAUUUUAGUUGACAGUUGUUUGACUGAAAAAUUGCAGAUGAUUCUCUCUUCUUCACAGUUAACAUCAAAAGUUAAGUGCCUUAUGUAUGAACCAAAAUAUUUGUACAUAUCCCUAUUCAAAUUUACCGGUGGGUUGAUGAUCCAGCCGAUCACCUGAUCUUAUCCAUUGUCGAGACAUGUCAUCAUGA